AUGGCCGCAACUUCAAUACGCUCCACUGCCAUUAUUUCAGAACUCCCACAAGAGCUGCCCCCACAAGAGCUGCCUCCACAAGAGCUGUCCCCACAAGAGCUGCCUCCACAAGAGCUGUCCCCACAAGAGCUGCCCCCACAAGAGCUGUCCCCACAAGAGCUGCCCCCACAAGAGCUGUCCCCACAAGAGCUGCCCCCACGAGAGCUGCCCCCACAAGAGCUGCCCCCACAAGAACUGUCCCCACAAGAGCUGCCCCCACAAGAACUGUCCCCACAAGAGCUGCCCCCACAAGAGCUGCCCCCGCAAGAGCUGCCCCCACAAGAGCUGUCCCCACAAGAGCUGCCCCCACAAGAGCUGUCCCCACAAGAGCUGUCCCCACAAGAGCUGCCCCCACAAGAGCUGCCCCCACAAGAGCUGUCCCCACAAGAGCUGCCCCCACAAGAGCUGCCCCCACAAGAGCUGUCCCCACAAGAGCUGCCCCCACAAGAGCUGCCCCCACAAGAGCUGCCCCCACAAGAGCUGUCCCCACAAGAGCUGCCCCCACAAGAGCUGCCCCCACAAGAGCUGCCCCCACAAGAGCUGCCCCCACAAGAGCUGUCCCCACAAGAGCUGCCCCACAAGAGCUGCCCCCACAAGAGCUGCCCCCACAAGAGCUGCCCCCACAAGAGCUGUCCCCACAAGAGCUGCCCCCACAAGAGCUGCCCCCACAAGAGCUGUCCCCACAAGAGCUGCCCCCACAAGAGCUGCCCCCACAAGAGCUGCCCCCACAAGAGCUGCCCCCACAAGAGCUGUUCCCACAAGAGCUGCCCCCACAAGAGCUGCCCCCACAAGAGCUGCCCCCACAAGAGCUGUCCCCACAAGAGCUGCCCCCACAAGAGCUGCCCCCACAAGAGCUGCCCCCACAAGAGCUGUCCCCACAAGAGCUGCCCCCACAAGAGCUGCCCCACAAGAGCUGCCCCCUCAAGAGCUGUCCCCACAAGAGCUGCCCCCACAAGAGCCGUCCCCACAAGAGCUGCCCCCACAAGAGCUGUUCCCACAAGAGCUGUUCCCACAAGAGCUGCCCCCACAAGAGCUGUCCCCAUAAGAGCUGCCCCCACAAGAGCUGCCCCCACAAGAGCUGCCCCUACAAGAGCUGUUCCCACAAGAGCUGUUCCCACAAGAGCUGCCCCCACAAGAGCUGUCCCCAUAAGAGCUGCCCCCACAAGAGCUGCCCCCACAAGAGCUGCCCCCACAAGAGCUGCCCCCACAAGAGCUGUUCCCACAAGAGCUGUUCCCACAAGAGCUGCCCCCACAAGAGCUGUCCCCAGAAGAGCUGCCCCCACAAGAGCUGCCCCCACAAGAGCUGCCCCCACAAGAGCUGUUCCCACAAGAGCUGUUCCCACAAGAGCUGUCCCCAUAAGAGCUGCCCCCACAAGAGCUGCCCCCACAAGAGCUGUCCCCAUAAGAGCUGCCCCCACAAGAGCUGCCCCCACAAGAGCUGCCCCACAAGAGCUGCCCCCACAAGAGCUGUCCCCACAAGAGCUGCCCCCACAAGAGCUGCCCCCACAAGAGCUGCCCGUUACUCAACCGAAGUCAACCCACCAGAUAAGAUAG